AUGGCACCACCUGCGGAGAAUCGUCAGUCUGGUUCAGCCUUCCAAGGCGGCGGUCAUGUUCUCGGUCAAGCCUCUGGUGGAGUUCAAGCCGAUCGAUCUACCAAUGAAGUGAGUGACGGCCAAGGGGCUGAACAGAGGUCGGAGAGGGCAAAGCAAGGCAACGACGAGUCUGAGGUGACAGCAAAGCAUUGA